AUGUACAUGCACACAGACACAUAUAGACACACACACAUGUACAUACACGCAGACACAUGUACAGAUACACACAUGUACAUACACGCAGACACAUGUACAGAUACACACAUGUACAUACACACACACACCUAUAAAAAGUUGCAGUACUUAGUUUUUCACUCACAGAGCCGGGUACUGCACUCUAGGGGGAGGCAGAGAGCACAGCACACACUCCUUCCUUUGCUUUCACUGUGCUCAGCUAUUGAGCGGUCUGACGGCUCCCAGUGCCAAUAACAGAUCCGGCCUGAGCUCUGAGCU